UUUAUUCGAAUAUAUUUUUUCGAACUAAAAAAAAUCAAACUGUAAGACCAACACAACUACGCGAUGAGUUUGAGUAAACUUUUUGCUGGUAGGAAGAGGAAUAGUUCAGUAUGGAAAUGGUUUAAAUACGAUGCGUCAUCCGACAAAUCAGUAUGUUUAGUUUUACUUGAUGGUGAAAAAGUAUGCAAUACAAAGUUGUGUGGAAAGAACCCAACAAAUCUUAAACUACAUUUAGCAAGAAACCAUAAGUCUGUACACGUUGAGCUGGAAGAGUCGGAAUUAAAGAAAUUAAGUGAAAAAAAGCAAACAGGGAUAAAGAGGAAAGCAGUGGAUGAAAAUGGACCCACUCUUUUAGAAUCGUCCUCAAAUCAGAACCAGACCUUGAUUCAAUGCAUUAAUCGUAGGAAUACCGCAUGGCCUAUUAAUUCACACGAGCAUAAAAUUCGACUAAACUCUCUUAUUCAAAUGAUAAUUGCAACAUGUAAUCCAGUGACAUUGGUGGAUAAUGCGAGUUUUAGAAAGUUAGUUAAUACCUUACCUGAAUUAUAAAUUUUCAUUGCCUGCUUCUGCCAAAAUUACUAGCCUACUUAAUGAAGAAUUUACUGUUUUAACGAGAAAACUUCGUGACUUCAUAUCUGAAGGCAGGCGCUUCACAAUAUGCCUUGAUGGCUGGACUAAAAAAGGUCUUACUGCGUCCUUUUUAGGAAUUUCGGUUUGUUUUUUUCACUUCAAAUCCGAAAAACCAAUACAUGCUCUGCUUAAUUUGUAUCUUGUGAAACAUCCACAUACAGGUGAACAAAUUGCUAAUUGUUUUGAAAAAUGUCUAAAAUAUUGGAAUAUUUCCAGAGAAAAAAUAUUGCUUGUUAUUUCGGACAAUGGAGCAAACAUGGUCAAAGGC